GCCCGCCCCGCCGCCCCCGGCGCGCUAAGAUGGCGGCCGCGGCUCAGGCGCUGAGCGGCUCCGGGCUGCUCCUGGCCGCCGCCGCCCUCGCCCUCCUGGCCGUGGCCAUCGGCACCGACUCCUGGUACGAGACGGACGCGCGGCGGCACCGAGAGCGCUGCCGCGGCUUCGGGCACAAGCGCAGCGACCCGCCCGGCUCGAUGUCGGCUCCCAGCGCGCACCUGCCUCUCCGCGCCCGGCCCCCGCGGGCCCUGCUGCCCGGGCGGCCCCCGGCCCCCGCCCCGGCCGCCGCCGCCGCCGCCGCGCUGGACUCGCACUGCGGCCGCCGCUUCAACUCCACCGUCUCGGGGCUCUGGAGGCGCUGCCACCGCGCGGGCUACGAGCCGGACAGCGAGGAGCUGAUCCGGAAAGGAGUUAUUCAGCGCUGCACUGCUGUGAAGUACCACUACACCUCCAGCUCCCUGCCUCGCAACUUGCCCAUCAACAUCACAAACACCAUCCGGCAGGACGAGUGGCACGCGCUCCACCUGCGGAGGAUGACAGCUGGCUUCAUUGGCAUGGCAGUCUCCAUCAUCCUGUUUGGGUGGAUCAUUGGUGUGCUGGGCUGCUGCAAACAGCAGGAGCUCAUGCAGUACGUGGCUGGGCUGCUCUUCCUAAUGGGUGGUACAUGCUGUAUCAUCUCACUCUGCACCUGCGUAGCUGGGAUCAAUUUUGAGUUAUCUCGCUACCCUCGCUACGUCUACGGGCUGCCAGAGGACAUCAGUCAUGGCUAUGGCUGGUCCAUGUUCUGUGCCUGGGGAGGCCUGGGCCUCACCCUGCUGGCUGGGUUCCUCUGCACAUUGGCACCAUCACUCAACACUUCUCGGGCAUCUGUACAAAAACCCAGACAAGAAAAUGGGGCCGUGUGACCUCAGAGGGAGUGAGAAGAGACUCUGGGUAGCACAGCCUGGGCAGAGCUGUGGGUUAACACCAAGAAGAGGUGGCAUGUCAGCGUGUGGAGAGCAGUGCCAUAGCUGUGGAAGUACCAGGCUGUGGGACGCUGCUACAGCCUCCAGUCACAGACAGACAUUGUGAGUAACUCCAGGUUUGAAUUAUUGCUGAUUUGCUCAUCGAUGGGUUAAGGGGGACAGUUCUUUUGAUUCUUCUUCUGUUUACAAGGGAUUAAGUCCAAGGCUGUGUCUUUUUUGUGCUGUUUUUUGAACUGUACCUCCAUGGUCAUGUUAGUGUCCAGUUGUAAGGGAUGUUUACGCACCAACUCUAUUGCUGCAGGUCUGUGUCAUUCAGACCCAAAUUAGGGCAAGGAGCUACGUGACGUUAGCUUGAACACUUUUGCAACAGGCAUGUCUAGGUUGGCUCAGGCCAUCAUUUCCCAAAAGAACCUUGAUCUAAGCCGAGGUUUAGGCCAAAGAAUUAGCCCAUUCUUAGUAUUAAUUAAUUUAAAUCUGCAAUCUGUGCUAUUCCAUGCUGUAGUAUCAGCUAUUUAUUUACUACUAAAGCUGUUUCCAAAAGGAGCCAGCUGUAACUGAGUGGCAAGCCUCUUAAAAAAAAACAACAACAACAUAAACAAAAAUCUCUUACUGGAAAGGAAAGGAAAGGAGGGGAAAGUUUUCCUCAACUUCUUACACAGGUAAGGUUACUCAUUUGGCUAACAAACAUACCCUUGUUUUACUAAGGAGCUGUAUGCAGCUUCUAACUAGUCCACUGGAGGUCAGAGUACAUUUCUGAAAGUAUGUCAGUUUGAGCUGCAGGGAUCAGCUUCACCCUCCAACUAACCUGUGGGUGCAACUUCUUUUUUGUGAAAAAAGUUUUGUGAAAGGAGAUGAGUACUUCUCCCCAAGCUCAAACAGCAGUACUGCUAGAACAGCAGAGAUGUACAGCCCCUCUAAUAUUAACGUCCAAAGGAACCACAAAGAAUCUUCCUCAGGAACACGUGGCUUCUGCUCACUUCACCACUCACCCCUUUCUAAUGUCAAAUGGCCCCUGAGCACAGCAUGUCAAGACCAUGGUCCACUGGAACAAGCUCCCUCUCCAAAAUGAGCAGUAAGGACCUUGGAGCCAGUGCAAGUACUAGGGCUAACUCAGGAACAUCAGCCAAAGUACUUUGGGGUAUAUUUUUCUUUCAUUGCUCUAUUCUUUCUUCCCUCACACCCCCACCCCUCUCCCAAGUGUCCAAAAACUGCACAGGUAAAGAUGAGACGGCCAGCAUUUGGAG